UACACACACACACACACACACACAUAAUCAUGAACGGCGGCAGGUCAACACCGCGGAGAGAAAUGUCGGAGAUUUUAAUAUUUCCGUAAUUACUUUUAUUCGGAUACGAUUUCUUUUAUCACAGCAAUUUUCCCAAAACAUCAUCUGAUAUUCUGGCACGUGUACAUUCCUUAGCUGCGAAUUCUCUCCAUCAUAAAUUAACAUUCUGCCUUCUUCCUCUCAUGUGUCUAAGUAACAAACGUUUAGAAAACAUGAAUAAAAAUCCGGUUUAUUCACGAAUGUCCUCGAAUUAGCUCCUGUAUCAUCGGACGAUUAAGAUCACACAAGCCGUUACGGACACUGCCUGUAUAAUCAUGUUAAAAGGUAUCCGGAAUGGAAAUUGUUAAAUUACACACUAUUUCUCGCGGAACCAUUGCAGAACAUUAACCGUAAAAGCAAGAAAAAAAAAAAAAAAAAAAAAAAAACAGCCAUCUCCGAAUAAGAAAUACCAAUAUAUCUUUUAUUUUUAGACGCACAACUGUCCGGUUGAACAACAAGACCGGUUAUUCGGAGCUCUGGCUGCGGUGAAGACACGGCCGACAGUGCAGACGCCGAUGACGAUAGCACCGCAGAUGUUAUAUUACGCGGAAACCAUAUAUUAUGCAAAAUUGUUUAAAACCCCUUUAUUAAGCUGCGUUUACUGCAACUUCGGAUUGUGCAAUAUUUUUUUUUAGACGUGCGGUAGACUCUCGUUUGCAUUUUCCUGUCCGCUUAAAGUUUACUGCCGUACAGACGGCAUACCUCUAUCCUUAACCGUGCAUAUUCUGAAGGGCUGAUCUGAUAUGUUCUCAUUACCGUCGACAGUGAAUUUCUUCUUGAUGGAAUUUAUGUCGGGCACUAAAAAAAUCGUACUAUAAUUAAGCACAGUAUUUUUGUACAGUAACUAUAUGGUUGGUCUUUGAAAUACAACAAAUAAUUUCCUUCCUUGAAACGUAGCGUACCCACAGUUUCCGAUGCACGUUAUUGCAUGCAUUACAUCACUAAAACACUAGGUUAUGAUUUUCCAAGCCGCACACUUUUCGGGUUCCUGAGAAAUGCCUUGAAUAUCACGCACCGCAGAUCUGAGUCGAGCCGAUAAUGUCCAUGGUUCGAUCGUUUCAACAUGGCGCAUCACACAAGGUAGUCAAAGAUCGGGAAAUAUCUAAGAAGGGGGGAAGAGAAAGAGAGAGAGAGAGAGAGAGAGAGAGAGAGAGAGAGAGAGAGAGAGAGAGAGAGAGAGAGAGAGAGAGAGAGAGAGAGAGAGAGAGAGAGAGAAUUUAGACAAAUCUUCUAAGUCGGCGAGAAGCGCGUAGACACAAGAGCGGCGUGACGGAGGUAUGCGGGGAACACUGAGCGAUACAAUCGGUUAAUUUUUCUCUCACAAGCAAGUCUCGGGGGAGUUCCGCGGAGUGGCGGGGACGUGGAGUGUCGAGACGGCCAGGUGAGGUACCACUCCUCGGCCCCUCCUACUCCUCCUCCUCCUCCUCCUCCUCCUCCGCCGCCGUCUCCUAUGCUCCACAAGCGCGCUCGCUCGCUCGCCCCCCGCCUCUGUCACUUCGCUAAUUGCGUUGGAGAGAUACGGACGGCGGUCGGCGGACGGGCCGUGCACAGUCGGCCAGCGAUAGUUUAACAACACACAUUCACACACGUACACGAGCCGGAGCGGAAACUCGGCGAAGUCGAGGACGUCCUAAAUAGUGUCCUUUCCUCGGCGAGCCUCGGAGUCGUCCUCGCGACUGCCACCAGUUGCGCUGAAGAGGCACAAGAAGCGCCGCGGCCGAGGAGCCCUUCGCGGCUAAAUUGGUCCAAGUGUUCCCCGCGUCAACAGAAGAGCAAGUGUGGCCAAUGGCGGCUGCAGGCAGACCUAGUAAGCCCACUUGAGUGGCGGAUCCUGGAGAGGGGUGGGGGGCCAAUCACCGACCGCGCACACACACACACACUCGUCUUAAGUAAGAAGAGGAGGGGGGCAUGUUAACCCUUGCCUGGAGGUGCGCAGUGGCAGUGCGCAGGUCACACACACACAUGGGGCCCGGGCGGCAGUAAAUCAACGCCAAUCAUCGUCUGGCUGUUGGACGAAGCACACGUGAACAGAGCCCAUCGAUCAGUGCGGAGCGUGAGGCUUGUGAGUGUGGGUGUAAGGGCAGGUGGUGUGGUGCCCCUCAGCCGUGCCCCCCAGUGCCCGCCCCCGGGUCCUACAGCUGCUGCUGCCCCGUCGUCAGGAGAACUCCACCCCUGGCUCAGUGCUUAUCGGAGACUUGUGGCGAUCGGUAGGGUGGUCGGGUCGGGACGCGCGCAGAGCCCGACCAGCCCUGGUGGUUCGUUCUCCCCAUUCAUUAAUCAUGGUGACGUAGCCAGCGAGGGUCACAGUGAGCUAUUCGCAUUGGUGCUCGCAGGUCACGUGGUAUGCUAAUUGUCGGUGCAAGGAGGAGUCAAAGCCAACGGUCGAGGCACUACUCACAAGUAAUAUUAUUUGGGUCCAAUUCACCAAAAAUUAAUGACGAUGAGUUCGUUUUUGAUGAACUCGGGUCCGUACGUGGACCCAAAGUUCCCCCCGCCGGAGGAGUACAGCCAGAACUCUUACAUCCCGCCGCAGAGUGACUACUACAAUGCUGCCCAGCACUACCCCUACCAUGGCAUGCACCAAGCCCCUGGCAUGCAGUAUGGGCGCGAUGCCAUGCAGUACAACCAUGCAGGGUAUUACCAGCAGACGUGCGUCAUGCCCCAGCACCAGCCCAUGGCCGCCCACAUGAGCCCGCAGGUCGCGCCCUGCCACAGCCCCCUCCAGCAACACCAAGUGCCCCCGCGCUCGCCCGUCGCGUCCCCGGACCCCUCCGCGGGCGGCGCGGGCGGCAUGGGCGCUCAGAUGGGCCAGCACAUGGGCGGGGCGGGCGUGGACGGAUCCCCCGAAGAAACCGUAACAGAGCUCGACGCGAACGGACAGCCGGUUAUAUAUCCUUGGAUGAAGAAGAUCCACGUCGCAGGUGCAGAAGGGGCGGGGACCUUAUUUGCCAACGGGUCGUUCCAGCCAGGGUGCGAGCCCAAGCGGCAGCGGACGGCCUACACGCGGCACCAGAUCCUGGAGCUGGAGAAGGAGUUCCACUUCAACCGCUACCUGACGCGGCGGCGGAGGAUAGAGAUCGCCCACUCGCUCUGCCUGUCGGAGCGCCAGAUCAAAAUCUGGUUCCAGAACCGCCGCAUGAAGUGGAAGAAGGACAACAAGCUGCCCAACACCAAGAACGUGCGGAGAAAGACGAACCCCGCGGGCGUCACCACCACCGUCACGCCCAAGAACCAGCAGCAGAACCAGACGCCCACGACGCAGAGCCAGGGCGGCACGCCGGAGCAGCAGCACAACCAGCAGCAGCAACAGCAGCAACAGCAGCAGCAACAGCAGCAGCAGCAGCAACACUCGGCUCAACAGCAGGCAGCGCAGCAGCAGGGGGCACAGCAGCCGGGGCAUCCGCCCGGCUAUCCACACAUGGGCGGCGGGAUGAUGCCGCCCGGACUCACGCCCAUCUCGGCGCCCUACCCUCACGGCGCGAUGAAGCCCGACUACGGCCUCACGACGCUAUAAGGCCGGCCGGCAGCCCCGCCUGCGUCGAGGCGCUGGCCCCGUCGGCGCCUCCUCUCGGUAGCUUUACCUUGCUCUAGUGUGAAUCCUCCUCCUCCCGGCUAAGUCACGCAGCCCCUACGCUGUCUCCGCCGCUGCUGUUGCUACUGCCGCUGCCGCCGCGCCCCCGGCCUCCCGCCAGGAGCCCGAGGCCCUCUCCCUCCCCCUCCAGCCCCCGUACCACUGCUCCUGCCGGGGCGGCACCGGCUGCCGACGGCCCCGGAGCGAAGGUGUACAUAUAAGAAUCCGGCGCCGCCACGCCGGCCGGCCGCCCCCGGGAGCCCGAUCUGCCGCGGCCGGCGACCCCGCCCACGAUUGUGAAAGAUAUGAUACUUAUCUCAGGGUUGUAUGUGUUUGUGGUGCCUGGAUUAUCACAAGCCUCGUGGACCAACCCAUGGCCACCGUCGCCCUUAAAUGAAACAAAACACGAAAGGAAUAAACUGUAGCUGCCGUUCCUUCCUGAAAGACUUGGUUUAUUUAGGGACAGUUUCAGAGGUGAUGAUUCUGAAGGAAUCUGCUUUCGGAGAGAUAUAGCAAUAGUAUGUUUUUUUCUCGAGUAUAUCGUGCGUAUAGUGUUCCAAAGAAAAUACUAAAAAAAUAUAAAAAUAGAAAAAAAAGGAUCAAUAAAAUAAUUCACAUCUUAAAUCUCAGUGUGUUUAUCCCAGAGUCUGGUUAAGGUGGCGUAUAUAAAACAAACAAACAAACACACUAACAAAUACUUCAACAAAUAAAAAAUAACAGACAAAGAAAAAGCAAGAACCAUCUGUCAUUUGG